AUGUCAACAUUUUAGGAAUGGAAUACUUGAAAGCUUCUGGAUCAAAUCUUAGCAUAGCCAUCACCAACGAUUAUAAAAAUAUUUCUUUAUACUUUGAUUAUGAUAAAAAUGAAAUUAUAUCUCAAUUAGAAAGUAUUAUUCAAGUAGAUCCUGAUAUUCUAAGCAAAGUAUCUGGACUUGUUUUACUUGUUACAAUUGUUUAG